UGGCUCACAGCGAACCAUGAUCAGAAAAGCAUCCUUUAGCUCGACUUGAACUUGAAAGCUUGACCGCUUGACCUUCCCGCCAGUUUUGGACCACCAACUUCUGACUUUCAAGUAAGUAUACCCGAAUUACACUUAGUUUUACUUGGUGAUUGCGCGAUAUCAGAAGUGCAAACAUCAUAUACGUAAGUCUCUCCGAGUCGUGGCUCAACUGGGUCUUUCUAUGUUCUGGUCUUGGUGCUGAUGGCCUGUGGGGCAGCAGACGUGGGCCGAUAGCGCGUAGUUUUGGAGUUCCUCCUCCCUCACAUUUUGUCGGUCCAAAUUAUUCCCACAUCCACAAAGCCUCGAAAUGGAACCAGAUUGUUCCCCCACGUACAUAUCACGUUUGCCACCAGAGUUGCUCGCGGAAAUAUUUGUCCACCAUGCCCAAAAUCAUCACUUGUAUCCCGAUGAUCUUUACAGAGGAGUUCAGUCGUACAAGUGGUGUGAUAUCUUACGUGUUUGCCGGCAUUGGUACAUGGUGGCUCUCGAGUGCCCACAGUUGUGGAACUUCGUCAGCACAUCUCACUCAAUCAACUCCGUUCAGACGAUGUUAGCAAGAUCGAAACAAGUACCCCUCAUGGUCAAGCCCUCUGAAUUCCAAGAGCAAAACGAGGACACCCUGAAAUUAGUGUUGAAUGAGCUUCACCGCAUUCAACAUCUCGAACUUGUAUGUUCGCAUCGCGUCGAAAGGUCCAUCGCUCACGAAUUUUCGACCCCGAUUUCAGCACCGAUGCUGGAAUUUCUUGGUUUGAGCCCUCCAUCCGAGCAAGCAAUAUUGGACACGCCCAACGAACGUAUAUUCCCAUUCUUCUCCCAUUUACCCCGCCUCUCCGCUCUGGUGACUCAGGGCUAUAGUUUUGCGCAAGUUCGAAAGUUUUUUCGCCCGACUUUGCAGAUUCUACAGCUGUGGGAGCCUCCUACCGCACAUCAACUUCUAGAAUGUUUGCGAUCGAUGCCUCUGUUAUGCAAACUCGAUGUUAUGGUACUCCCUGAAGAAGAGUCUUGCACCAGAAUGCAAGCUGUCCCGUUCGCACGUCUUCAAACGCUACGGCUCGAGGGGUCGGCAUCGUGCCUCACUUUUCUCCGACAUAUAGCAUGUCCUCCCGGACUUCAGCUUUCCUUGACCAUUCAAUGCCAUACUUUCACGUCAGAACUUGUCCACGAUGUCUUGGACCUGGUGGCAGUUCACUGCGACUUAGCUACCAACAGCCGAUCAGGACAAGAAGUGUGCUCGAUCUCGUUAGAGCAUCGGUCUUCGUUGCCCACAUUUCCCAUCCCGUCCACGAUGAUGAUGAAAUGCUGGACCAGCGUCAUCCCGCACGAUGUCUACUAUAUCCGAGAUUCUCCCAAGCCGAUUCUCGAGCUAGAAAUCGAAUGUGAGACUCCUUUCAAGGUUGCGGAUGCUUGCGAAGCUUGUGUACGUGACCUGCGCACGUCAUCUGUGAAGGUGCUGUGGGUCGCACUCGAUAAGGAGCCUGAAAACCAGUUUAAGGAUCUUAUACACGACUUCUCACGGACAUUCCGUCCAAUGGAAAAUGUGGACACAUUUCUGGCAGAAGCUUGGCCUACCCCGUGGCUCGCUGCAUUUCUUACCUCGCAAACAGUCCUCCCCGAAUUUGGUGGAAUGAACAAGGAGUCGGAUCAAUCUCAACACAGUAUAGUCUUUCCUAACCUCAAGGUUUUAACGGCGCCUUACCUGACGUGGCCGAUGAACCAAUCUUCCACAUAUCUAUCCGAUGCUUUGGAGUUCCGAAAGAGUUGCGGUGCUCCCAUUGACGAACUUGAUUUAUUAGAGGUGAUCGCGUUUGACAUACUAGCCAGCAAGUGUCUGCGAAACCUUCUUCCAACUUUACACAGGGAGGAGUGCAUGUUCGUCGUUAUCGUGGUCAUGGACUUACGCUAUUGACGUAGGUUCUUGCUGGCAUCGGCAUACAAUAUUGCUUGUACUCUGGAGCCGUACAAUUCCAAUCGCUGCAAGUUGCUUCCAUGGCGUCGAGCGCCGUGUUAAUCUAAGGCAUGAUUUUUAAUGCCAACAGUUUGCAGUCUUUCAAUCCUACUUGGAGCGUGUCGUUCAAUCUUGUCAAAACCAACCGGUGAAGAAUCUACUAUCUGCCGUUGUUUGAAAUGUAGUUGCGGAUCAUCCGUUUCUUUCGAAGACAUAUCAGGUCAACGCUAGCCAGUGCGCCUAGAAUUCAUUGGAUUUGACAGGCACUCAUAAUAUACUGGCAUGGUAGGUUUAGAGCCCCUCUUCGAGCAUUAUCGACGCCCAUGUUGUCCUCUGCCAACGAGCCUCCACCCUGGCUACAAUGAACACCAAUGGAGGAAAUCCAGAGCAACUUGGAUAUGGACUUGGAUUCGGCGUUAUUGAACUUCAACAACUCGAACCCUCUGCCUAUUUGUCACCUGCUCCCAGAAUUGGGGACACAUAUAUUCCUCGACUUUGUACAAGACUGCUACCUUCAUCGCUACAAUAAAGGGGGCAGAACUUAUAACGGGGAUAUCCUUUACGGUCUCUACGAAUGGCCUCGGAUCACCCUUUUUGCCGCUACUGGCUGGCGUACUGCCUUUGCUAAUUUGUGAACUUGUAUCUGUCCUUCUCAUCCGUUGAAGUGCAUUGCUACGAUGUUGGAAGGAUCUAAUCAAUGCGCUGUCAUCAUAUGCACAGCUCAAACGUAGUCUGAAGGUCAGUUCCCCGAUCUUAAGACUUUAGCAACCUUCCAGCUCCCAUUGGCUGUGGUGGCCGACUUCCUCAGCACCAUAUAAAAAGCUUCAUUUGUUGACAACGUUUGCACAUCGAUCCAGGCUCAACGUUCAACGUCGACAACGCUGACCGUGUCCACUCAAAAUAACUCGACUCUGAACUCUGCAUUCACGAGGCCUCACACUGGCAAUAUCUACAUAUUUCCGCGAGGUCUUAGUCCACUUAUACCAGUACCGCAACAUUAUCCGAUUCAAUAGAGAGCUUUUGUACACAAUUAUACGAAAUAUGAUGAAGUGGGAUGUCUUUGUGUAACAUGAGCCAGAACU